AUGAUUAUGUUUCCUCAUUUUGGGAAGAUUUCUCUGGGUAUUUUGAUAUUUGUCCUGAUAGAAGGAAACCUUCCAUCGUUAACAGCACAAACCUACUUACCUUUAGAAGAGAUCCAAGAACCUGAGAGUGCAGUUUCUUUCCUCCUGACCAACUCAGCAUCCACAGACCCUUCUCUGUCUACUGCAAAGAGAGGACCUCUGGACCACAGGGAAGCUGAGAGACGGUGGUUGCUCAGAAGAAGGCGAUCUCUCUUUCCUAAUGGUGUAAAAACCUGCCCAGAUGAAAGUGUUUCAGAGGCUGUGGCAAACCAUGUGAAAUAUUUUAAAGUCCGAGUGUGCCAGGAAGCUGUGUGGGAAGCCUUCCGGACUUUUUGGGAUCGACUUCCUGGGCGUGAAGAAUAUCGUUACUGGAUGAAUUUGUGUGAGGAUGGAGUCACAACGAUACUUGAAAUGGCCACAAAUUUUAGCGAGUCUGUGGAACAUAGGAGCCUCAUUAUGAAGAAACUGACGUACACAAAGGAACCUGUAAGCAGCCUUGAAUUGUCAUCUCCAGUUCCUGUUGGUGAUACCUCAACAUUGGGAGGCGCUGUUCUCAGUGUUCCAUACCCAGAGAUGACCUCCUAUGAAGGUGCCUGGGAGAGCAGCUUGGAGAGGCCAGAGGAGAGUAUUAGUAAUGAAAUUGAGAAUGUGAUAGAAGAACCCACAAAAGCAGCAGCUGAGCAGAUUGCAGAGUUCAGUGUCCACCUCACAGGGGAGCAAUACAAGGAGGAACUACAGGAUCCCUCCAGCUUCUACCACCAGCAUCUUGUAGAAGAGUUUAUUUCAGAGGUUGAAAAUGCAUUUUCUGGGUUACCGGGCUACAAGGGCAUUCGUGUACUUGACUUCAGGUCCCCCAAGGAUAAUGGCAGCGGCAUAGAUGUCCACUAUGCAGUUACCUUCAAUGCUGAGGCCAUUAGCAAUACCACCUGGGACCUAAUUAGCCUUCACUCCAACAAGGUGGAAAACCAUGGUCUUGUAGAAUUGGACGAUAAGCCCACUGCUGUUUAUACAAUUAGUAACUUCAGAGAUUAUAUUGCUGAGACACUGCACCAGAAUUUCUUGCUGGGGAACUCCUCUUUGAAUCCAGAUCCUGACUCCCUUCAGCUUAUCAAUGUAAGAGGGGUUUUACUUCCCCAAACUGAAGACCUGGUUUGGAACACCCAACGUUCAAGUCUUCAGGCAACCCCACCGUCUAUUCUGGAUAAUACCCUUCAAGCUGAAUGGCUCUCAGCAGAUGAAUCCACCACCAGGAGUGUUUCACCACUUGAUUUCAGCUCUGGUCCUCCCUCAGCCACUGGCAGGGAACGCUGGUCAGAAAGCCCUGGGGGUGAUCUAAUGUCUACACCCAAAUUAGCCUUUUCCUCGAAGGUGGGCCUCAGUUCUUCUGUAGGGGUGUUAGAGGUGAGCAGCUUGACUCUUGAUUCUGUCACCACAGCAGCGCUUCAGACUGGCUUGCCUGUGGCUUCUGAGGAAAGGACUUCUGGAUCUUACUUAUUAGGAGAUGGUUUAACUGAAGUUGAAGAGUUGGAAGAUUUUCUUUCUAUUGAUCCAUUGCCUUCAAGUUCUUUCACUUAUCCUGUGCCAAAAGAAACAGUACCAUCCAUGGGAGACUCUGGGGUGUCCUUGACAUCCUCACCGUAUCAGGUCUCCUCUGUCACAUUAGAUCUUCUUGAUAAAGAAAUAACUACACCUUUUGGCUUGGACUCUUUGACUUCCAAAGUCAAAGGCCAAUUGGAAGUGAGCACUUUGAUGCCAGACAUAUCCAUGGACAAAGAGUUCAUAUUUGAGAGUGGUUUAGGGUCAGGGUCUGGGCAAAAGGUGAAUCUGAUUACUUGGCCAUGGAGUGAGACUUCACCAGAGAAGAGCACUGAACCACCGUCCAAGUCAUGGCUUGAAGAUGAGGAUUCACUUUUGCCAACUGAGGAUGUAGAUGAGAGACUAGGUAUAGAUGACAAAAUAGAUUCCACACACCAAAGUAUUGAACAUUCAGAAUAUGGGGAUUUUGAUAGAUCCCCAAGCUUUGUGGAGGAAGAGCCUCUUGGUGGACCUGCUGUGCCUAUCUUUGCAGCAGAGACCACCACUCAAUCUGCAUCUCUAAUUCUCUCCAAGCACACAUCAGAGAUAUCUGAUGUUGAUCAUUACUCAAUUACCAAAGCAUCUCCUCCUCUGACAUCUACAGCAAUCUCUGCUUCUGCUGAUAAGCCAGAUCAAGUAGAACCCUUUCUAAAGGACGAUAUGGAACAAACUACAGAAUCAUCCAACCGUGAAUGGUUUGACAGCAAGGUUUCAGUAGUGAAGCCAAGUAUGCAACCUUUGUGGACCACAUUGCCAGAAUCAGAAGUAGUUUGGGCAAAAACUUCUUCCCCAGAGAAGUUGUCCAGAGACACAUUGGCAGGCACACCACAGAGUACUGACAAGCUCUGGUUGAAAGCUUCCGUGACACAGUCUGCCAAAUUGCCUCCAACCACAAGCUCCACCCUCCUGGAGGAUGAAGUAAUCAUGGGCGUACAGGAUAUCUCACUAGAACUGGACCACAUGGGCACAGGUUACUAUCAGCCUGAGCUAAUCCCAGAGGAAAAUGGCAAGGCUGGUAGUUACAUGGAAAUGUCUACAAAUGUUCACUCCACAGAGUUGGCUAUUGUGGCUUGGCCCACAAAAGGAGGUGACUUGAGUCAUAACCAGACCACAGGAGCUUUGGUGGUUUUCUUCAGCCUCCGAGUGACUAACAUGAUGUUUUCAGAAGACCUGUUUAAUAAAAACUCCUUGGAGUACAAAGCCCUGGAGCAAAGGUUCUUAGAAUUGCUGGUUCCCUAUCUCCAGUCAAAUCUCACAGGCUUCCAGAACUUAGAAAUCCUGAACUUCAGAAAUGGCAGUGUUGUGGUGAAUAGCCGGGUGAAGUUUGCCAAGUCUGUCCCUCGCAAUGUCAACAAUGCAGUGUACAUGAUCCUGGAGGACUUUUGCACCACUGCCUACCAAACCAUGAACUUGGCUAUUGAUAAAUACUCUCUUGAUGUGGAAUCAGGUGAUCAAGCCAACCCUUGCAAGUUUCAGGCAUGCAAUGAAUUUUCUGAGUGUUUGGUCAACCCCUGGAGUGGAGAAGCAGAGUGCAGAUGCUACCCUGGGUACCAGAGUGUGAAGGAACUGCCCUGUCAGAGUCUCUGUGACCUACAGCCUGACUUCUGCCUGAAUGAUGGAAAGUGUGACAUUAUACCUGGACAUGGGGCUAUUUGUAGAUGCCGAGUGGGUGACAACUGGUGGUACCGAGGGGAGCAUUGUGAGGAGUUUGUGUCCGAGCCCUGGGUGAUUGGCAUCGCUGUUGCCUCCCUGGUUGGACUUCUUCUCAUCUCUUCUGCUGUUGUCUUCGUCCUCGUCAAGAUGCUUCAAGUUCAGUAUGUUAGGAGAGAAAGAGAGCGGCCCUUCUGCAGGCAGCCUGACAGCCUCUCAUCCAUUGAAAAUGCUGUGAAGUCCAACCCUGUGUAUGAAAGACGUGUGGUCGGACUUGAGCAGUGCAGGGGAGCCUAUCCUCAGCAUCCCUUCUGCAGCUCUGCAGGCGGAGAGGUGAUGGGCGGUCUGAGCGGGGAAGAAAUCAGACAAAUGUAUGAGAACAACGAGCUUUCCAGAGAGGAAAUUCAAGAAAGAAUGAGAAUUUUGGAACUGUAUGCCAGUGAUCCUAAGUUUGCAGCUUUUGUGAGACAACAUCAAAUGGAAAAGCUUUAACCAAAACUCCUAUUUUGAAACUGGUGAGAAGCCGAGAGAAGACGGAGAUCACUUGUUACCUAUGUCAUGUAAUUAGCCUGGAUUUUGAACUCUGUUGGAAGAGGAGUUUUCUGUGAAAGAAUUGAAUUUGGGGCACAAUUUUUUUUUUUGUAGCAUACAAUUUCAGAAUGUAGUAAGAGAUGUGAAAAUUUUUAUACCAACAAAGACCAAAAGCUGUAUUUAAGGAAACUCAAAACUGUAUGAGAAAAAAGCCAGGUGUGGGCGUUGGGGCUGCCUUUGCUGUCUGUUUCUGAGUGUCUGAGGGUGUCUCUUGAUGCCGGGGCCUCCGGUUUCCCAGCAGCAGGAUGAGGCGAGACUGUUACAGGGGACGGAGGCCUAGGAAGUGAGCGUCUCAUAGCCUGUUUGUUCUCGUCAGCUGGAAUGGCAAGCUUUUGAAAUAGUUUUAACAUAGUUUAUAGUCAGACAUUUAUCUCAGUAAAAUAUUAAGGGUUUCUUUUGGAUCAAGCUGUUGAAGGAAGAGCCACCUUUUUGCUGCAGUAUAGAUUUAGGUGUGUACUUUAUGCUUCUACCAGAGGUUUGAAUUUCCUGAGCAUGUUCAUCAAGACCACAUUACUGUUAUGUCAAGUAUGAUAAUAUCCUGUUUUUAUCGUUGUGAAGGACAAUACAUAUGUAUAAAGUUCAGAGGGCUCCCAUUAGACUGAAGACGAAUUUAAUCAUGUGGACAGAGAAGGAGAGGGUGUUGGGUCAAGGCCACAGCGCUGAGAAUAUACUUUGCCGAUUGGUGGGUCACCCGAGUCCGAACAAUGUGUCCCCUGACUCUGCUUCUGAUGUUAAAGAGGUCCUGGGCGCACCCUUGCUUUUCUCUAGUUCCUAGUAUAUGAAUUUGGAAAACAGCACUUAACUACCUCGUAUGUUAUAGGUUAGCUUGUUUGCAUUGCUUCUGCUUUGUGUAAUAUCUCGUGUCUAAAUUAAUUUCUGCUUACAUGGAACAUGACAGUUUUAUUGCAAUUUAAAAAAAUUUUUAGUUAGGAAAAGUCCACAUCUUAUGUAAAUUUUAACUGAAAAUGGAAGUUUUCCUCUUUCCAGGUACUUUUUGAAUGGGUAGCUGUGGCAGGGGCAAGGAGAGAGCCAAAUAAUUAUCAUUAUUAAUAUUAAGUUGCAUAUGCAAAUAGGUUGUUAUUGACAGAGGUAUUUUAUAUUAGAUGUCUUCAUGUUAGCCAAAACCAUCUUGAACAUUUUGAUUUCUUUCUGACCAGACAUAACUAACCAGGGAUAGAUUGACAAUAAGAUGAAAUACUUGGUUCACUUAUUUUUCUCAACUUGUUGACUGCCAAUUUCACCCAUUAUGAGGACACCGAAAACUAAAUCUCUGGGCUGAGUACAUGCCACAGUAAAGCUAUUGAAAGCCUUGAAGAUAUCCAGGUGUUCUGCAAAGUAUGUAUGGGUAACGGGAGUGUGUGUGUGUGUGUGUGUGUGUGUGUAGGUAGUUCUCUUAUCUCAGGAUUGUCUUUCAUUUCUUACUCACAUAAUAGAUUCUCUGUAAGUUCAGCAUAGGUACAAGCCGCUGCUGGGUUGUUUUCUACUGGGCCCAUUUGGAAGGUAAUUGAUAAUUGUCUUUAAAGCAUAUGAGUGUUAAUGACAUUUGUCACUACUAAAUGCUUCAUUUUAUUUCUAAGACUUCCUCAGAUUUCUCUUUAAGAUUUUAAACUUUCUUCCUAAACUUAUUUGUGUUAGAUGAAAAAGAAAAUUUGUUUUUAUCACAAAUGAACCCUAGAAUGCAAGCUUUUGCAUGUCUGCUUGCCGGCAGAGUUCUGGAUGAACAUAAAGAUGAAGGUCACCACGUGACACACUUAGGAGAAGCACCAGCUGAGCUGAAGGGGGAUUGUUGUUUUCCAGAAGCCAUGCAAUGAGGUGGGAAUUUGAGAAUUCUGACAUAUUGCUGUCUCUGAUUUCCUUUUGUGUGACCUUCUCAUGCAGGAGAGAUCACUUAGGCCUAUAUGAGUGUCUGCUCCACGCCUGCUAAAUGGGAGAGGAAAGGGACUGUGCUCUCAGGGAGAGACCCGAGCCUCAGGUCAGGAACGAGACUCUUGCCCUGCCUCUGUUAAGCUGAACCCCUGUGAGAAACAUGGAGGAGGCAGAUUCCACAGUAAAGAUCCAUGAAGUGCACGUUUCAAGGUCUGAAAGAGCUAUCAUUCUGACAGGACAAGCUACCCCAAAGAGCUUCUCUUUAAAAGAGCUUUCCCCAAGGUAAUUUAAUGGCAGGUAGUCAUUUAAAAGGAUUAGGCUGUAUGAUUGAAGAAUGAAUGUUCCGGUUAUUAGGACAUUUUCAUUAACCUAGCAGUAUAAUAUUUAAUAAAAUUACCAUCUUAUUUAAAAACAAUAAAAUGAAGUUAGCACUAACAGUGCAUGGUAAAUAACUCUAACUUUUUGGGGAGGUACAUAAAGUGCUUUGGAGUCUUGUAGAUACAGCCUUAUAAUUGAGUGUCCAUACAUGAUUCUUAUUUUCCUGGGUUCUGGAUUAAAGGGGACUUUAUCUGAUAAGUGAAUAGGACUCCAUUUCCACCAUGACAAUGUUAGGGGUAUUCGUUCACAUUUUGUGCCCUAAAGUCCCACUACUUUACCUAAUAAAACAAGUGCGGGUUUACCUGAUUUUAUUCCCGCCUCGUCUUUGUUUUUCCUCUGCAGUCUAGUCUCCAGGGGUUGGCUGCUCCCCUCCUCCCUCCUUCUUGUCCACAUAGUGAAUUGUAAUGUAGUUGAACAACCCUGACUUCAUAUUACUUCUGACCAAAAGAUGGAAACUGCACAAAUAUUCUUUGUAGGCUCUAAAAAUAUCUUGCUCGAAUGUGACACCUGGGCUGGUUAUUCAUCUGCAUGCUUGUUUUCUAGGUUUGCCUUCCAUUUCAUGAUUCUUAGGUAGCUGGUAUCUUUGUCAUUUCCAUGUUUUCAAUCUAUCAGCCUGUGAAUUGAAUUUCCAUUUUGAAAUGGGGAAGGAAGGCAACAAAUUUAUUCCAUAAGGAAACAGCUGAUUUAGGAGAAUAACUUAUCUUUCUUAAAUUGAGAUAUUUUAGCCAAGAAAAAUAUGGGUCAUUUUUUUUCUAAGAUGUUUCUAAUAAUUCCCAGUAGGAACGGGUGGGGCUAGCCUUCCUCAUUUACAAUCCAGCUGCAAUGAGUCAUGGAUCCUAGCUCAUUUUAUUCCCAGGUGUGUAAUAAAUGCAGAAAAAUGGUGUGAAGGUCACAUUCCUCAGAUCAAUUGCAUUGUGUUCCACAACAGAUCCUGGUUGGAGUUGGGAAGGUGGGAGGGUACUGGAAAGUAAUAGAUAAUUUAAAGAGUCUGCCUGGAAGUUUCCCUGACUCUUGCAUGUUGUAAAACCUCACACUACUCCUAUGAUUUAAUAAAGACACAGGUUAAACCACUCCCUCGGGGUAGUAAGACACAGGUUAAAGCCCUACCCUCAGCCGCACAAUUACGGUGACAGCCUGGGUGGAAUGAUUCCUCAUGCUGGCUUUUUUUCUCUCACUUAUAUUUAAUUACGUUUUUUAGAGAUUAAGGUCAUAAAUAGAAAAGAAGUAACCAUGAUAUCAGAGAAUAAAUUUAUAACUAUUUGUAUAUCAUGACUAUGUGAUGAUUCUGAAGCGAUUGUGUACAUACAUAAUAUAUGUUCAAUAUGGAAUAUGGAGAGUGAAGGGCUUGUCUUUUUCAUUGUGUUUAUAAUGAUAUUUUACCCAAAGUAUGGAUCAGAUAAGUUUAUGUUACUGUACUGUUUCCUGAAAUGUUCUAGUCUUAGUACUAGCUAAUUAGAAAUAAAAAUCUAAAAGUCUUCAUGUAUA